CAGUUGCGACCGGUUGUUCGCCACGUUUAGAUCCCCUAUACAGCGGAGUACCGACAGUUUGCGUGGUGCGCUCCUUUUCCACUUUCGGCUGCUGGAGAUUUCAUCAUCUUCCGAUAAACUGUGGAUAAAUCGAUAGCUGAGACAACCCACCCAUAAUGGUGCUCGAUUUGGAUCUUUUCCGCAGUGACAAGGGUCAUGACCCGACCAAAGUAAAAACCAACCAGGAACUUCGCUUCAAGGAUGUUGCCCUCGUUGAGACGGUUAUCGAGCAGGACGGAGAAUGGCGCAAGUGUCGCUUCAAUGCGGAUAAUUUCAACAAGCUGAAGAAUGUGUGCAGCAAGGAAAUCGGUGAAAAAAUGAAGAAAAAAGAAGCGCUUGGAGAUGAAGGUGAGCCAGUGCCCGAAGAUGUGGCGAAAGAUUUGCUCUCACUGAAGAGCGAAGAUCUUAAGAAGCUUACCGUGAAUCAGAUCAAGAAAGUUCGAGGUUUGAUCGAGGAAGCUGUUCUGGAAAACGAGAAAAAACUGAGUGAAGCUGAAACCAAGCGAAACUUCGCACUCAGAGAGGUUGGUAACCAUUUGCAUGAAAGCGUUCCCGUUAGUAACGACGAGGACGAGAACAAGGUCGAAAGGACCUUCGGAGAUUGCGAAAAACGACUAAAAUACUCUCAUGUUGAUCUGAUUGUCAUGAUUGAUGGAAUGAAUGCGGAAAAGGGAGCUGUGGUUUCCGGUGGCCGUGGAUAUUUUCUGACCGGACCUGCAGUUUUCAUGGAACAAGCACUGAUACAACAUGCUCUGCAUCUGCUGUAUGAAAAGAAUUACACCCCGCUGUAUACACCGUUUUUUAUGCGAAAAGAAGUAAUGCAAGAGGUGGCACAAUUGUCCCAGUUCGACGAAGAGCUCUACAAAGUCGUUGGGAAGGGUAGUGAAAAGGCUGAAGAGGGUAGUUCCGAUGAGAAAUAUCUGAUUGCCACAUCAGAGCAACCAAUAGCCGCCUAUCAUCGCGAUGAAUGGAUUCCGGAGGCUUCACUUCCCAUCAAAUAUGCUGGACUGUCCACUUGUUUCCGACAGGAAGUUGGCUCUCAUGGCCGGGACACGCGUGGCAUCUUCCGUGUCCAUCAGUUUGAAAAGGUUGAACAAUUUGUUCUGACUUCUCCUCAUGACAACAAAUCUUGGGAAAUGAUGGAUGAAAUGAUCGGAAAUGCUGAAAAUUUCUGUCAAUCGUUGGGCAUUCCGUACCGUGUUGUCAAUAUUGUCUCCGGAGCUUUGAAUCAUGCUGCCUCGAAGAAGUUGGAUUUGGAGGCUUGGUUUGCUGGAUCGGGCGCGUUUAGGGAGCUGGUUUCCUGCAGUAACUGCUUAGACUACCAAGCGCGGAGAUUAUUGGUUCGAUAUGGUCAAACGAAGAAGAUGAAUGCUGCAGUAGAUUAUGUGCAUAUGCUAAACGCCACAAUGUGCGCCACGACCCGAGUUAUUUGUGCUAUCCUCGAAACGCAUCAGACAGAAACGGGCGUGAAGGUUCCAGAACCGCUGAAAAAGUACAUGCCUGAGAAGUACCGAGACGAAAUCCCGUUCGUGAAACCUGCGCCAAUCGAAUUGGAGGCGGCUGCCGCUGCGGCCAAAAAAGACAAGAAGAGCGGCAAAAAGGAAACUGCCGCAGCCUAAGCUGAAUGUGGAGCCAGCGAACAAGAUAAGAUGCAUUUAGUGACACUUGUAUUCUGCCGCUCCGUAAGCUUAAUUUUUAAUUAUUCUAUUUAUUGUAACCUGAAACAUAGCGGAGGAAGGUUUCUAAUGAACCACGAAAAUUUCGAACCGACUCAAAAGUGAAUAAAAACAUACGCAAGCUUAAAAUGCUUAUCCCACACAAAUUUCGAUAUGUAAUCAAUACAAACGUAGAAAAGAAGUCAUGGAAUGUUCGGCAUCAUAUACAAAAACUACAGCAAUUCUUACCUCUAUCGAUCGAUUUCAUUCACCAUCAAUUGGUUAUGGUUCAAUGCAAUGCAAUUGUAAUAUGUCUUCCGUAAUAUUUUGUUUAAUGUUUGCUGGUUUCUUUCCUUCGUCGACUAUUUCCGACGUUGCCCGUCGGAUCCCACAUGGAUCACUCGUCCAUUUGUUCGUUUAGCUGAGCCAGCAGAGCCGCCCGCUGGGAUUCCAACUCCGAUUCGGACAAAGCAGCAUCAUCCGAGACCUUCGGAGAGGCCGAAUCACCAUUGCGUCCUGCUUCUUCCGGGGACCGGAAUUUGGUGCCACCACUACUACCCCGACUCACAGACCUGGAACGGCGCUUCUCCUUUUUCUUCUUGUCUUUCUUCUUCUGCAAGAAAACAAAAAAACGGUCGGACGAUUAUUUUCAUAAAUUUUUAUUUUUGUUUUUUUUAUUUGAUUCAAAUUUUGCAGACGCAUUCUUUAUGACAAAAAAUGAGAAUUUGCAUAAUCGGUAUGCCAUUUUGGCGCCAGCCAAAUUGGACUAAGCAAAGAUUGAUUGAAAAAAAAUUUCAAAAAAAAACUCAGAAACGGUUGGCCCAAUUGACUUGGUGUCUUCCGCAAUAUUUCAGGUUAUAUUAGCACUAUGUGGACAAAGAAUUUUUUUUUUAAAUAACACUUUUUUUAUUUUCAUAUUAUGAUAUAAAGCGAAAAAC